AUGUGCCUGACAGAAGUGAAGGCCUUUUGGUUUAUGAAAGAAGGAGAGGAAAAGGGACAAGGAUGGAAAUACAAUGAAAGGAGUGCUAGUGGAGAAACUGGCUUGGGAGAGAGGGUAAUGGCAAACAGACUGACUUAUGUGAUAAGGUAUUUUAUUGUUAAAAGUUGCAAUCGUGAAAAUUUGGAGUUAUCUGUACAACAAGGAGUAUGGGCAACUCAAAGGAGCAAUGAAUCCAAACUAAAUGAAGCAUUUGACUCUGUGGAAAAUGUGAUAUUGAUUUUCUCAGUCAACCGUACUAGACAUUUCCAGGGUUGUGCAAAGAUGACAUCAAGAAUUGGUGGGUCUGUUGCUGGGGGUAACUGGAAAUAUGCUCAUGGAACUGCACAUUAUGGGCGAAACUUCUCUGUCAAAUGGUUGAAGGUAUAA